AAAGCAAACUCCCAACAUCAUGUCUUGCUACCACGACUGCUGCUGCAGUGUCCCCACUGGACCUGCCACCACCAUCUGCUCUUCUGACAAGUGUUGCCGAUGUGGAGUCUGCCUCCCUAGCACCUGCCCACAUACCACUUGGCUGCUGGAGCCCACCUGCUGCGACUGCUGCCCACCUCCCUGCCACAUCCCUCAGCCCUGUGUGCCCUCAUGCUUCCUGCUCAAUUGUGACCAGCCCAAACCUUGCCUGGAGAACCUGGACCUGACCACACACAUCCAGCCUUGCCCUUGCCCCUGUGAGCCUUGUGCCCCACCAUGCUGCUGAGAGGUUCCAGCCUAACUAGAGCUAUAUGAUAUCUAUCCUAUUUUGAUCUGCUUCAGUAGCCACAACAAAUUUCAUCAGAUAUUAGGAUGGGGGGCAGAUGUGGCAAAGAACACUUUUAUCAUUGAUGGAAAGGAAAACAAAUUGUUUCUUUUGGAAAUUUAGAGGAAUGUAAAUGAUAAGCUAUUUCACUGGUUGGUUGUAUCCAAAUAUUGUAAUUCUUAUGUUUUCUUUGUCAAUUUGUUCCUUGGGUUGCCUUUCCUGUCCUGAAUACUUUUGAGAAGGCUAUGGUUUCCUU